ACAGCAAGAUGACAGUGAACCCAGUGGUAUUCUUCGACAUCAGUAUUGGAGGUCAUCCUGCAGGACGUAUAAAGAUGGAGCUGUUCUCGGACCACGUGCCAAGAACUGCAGAGAAUUUUAGACAGCUGUGUACUGGGGAGUUCAGGAGGGACGGUGUGCCUACUGGGUUUAAAGGAUGUCAUUUUCACCGAGUUAUCAAGGAUUUCAUGGUUCAAGGAGGAGAUUUCUUGAAUAACGACGGUACGGGAAGUCAGAGUAUUUACGGCAAACAUUUUGAAGAUGAGAACUUCUCUGUCAAGCACAAAGGACCCGGUAUAAUGUCGAUGGCUAACAGCGGUAAAGACACUAACGGAUGCCAGUUCUUCAUCACCUGCCAGCCCUGUGACUUCCUGGACAACAAGCACGUGGCUUUUGGUAAAGUCAGUGAUGGAAUGUUGGUCUUGAGGAAGAUCGAGAAUGUUCCAACCGCUGCUAAUAAUAGACCUAAAUUCCCAGUUCUUAUUGAACAAUGCGGUGAAAUGUGAUUAUUAGUUUUCAGUUUUAUAAUUUACAUGAAUGAUAUAUUAAAUACUCACUACCACAUACCGUUGCGAUGAUACAGAUACCGUUACAUUGGGGUAGCAUUCUUUAUAGUAUAAAGUAUUUGAAUUAAACUUAAAAUUUAUUUGAUCCUCUUAUACAAAGAACAUACUUGAAUGUUAUGAUGUGUUUAAAUACUCCACCAUCAUCAGAGAUACUGUUAUAUCGAGGCCCGAGGGGCAUUAAAUUCACUGAAUUUCAAUAUUUUAUCAUUUUGCUGCGUAUGG